AAUUAACCGUGACGCUAUCGCGUUUCAUACAAACAUUACAGACCAUUACAAAGUUUACCAAAACCAGCAAUUUCAAAUAGUUGGUAUUACAGAGCGCCUUAACCGUCGGAAAUUUUUUUUCUGGAUUUGUUUUCAUUCCCAAGCGAUCAUGUCGAGUUAUGGGGCACCAACACUUGUCAACGUUCCUCGUUUGAACGAGAUGAACGCCAUUCAAGGCAUCAUGAGUUUGCUGCAGCAUGUCGACAAAGGAGAAUUAAAAGAUCUUUUGGAUAACGAGGAGCAGCUAAAUGUUAUCAUAUCAGAUAACGAUGAGGUAAGUUUUUCAGUGCUCGCCUUCUUUCUUCUUUGACAUUGUUAGAAAUCGAAAUCACAUGCUUUUUUUCAUAAUUCACACACAAGGUUAUUGAUGUCAACGAUGUGGUGAACUUAAAAAUCUAUAUACGUAUUUGAUUGUAUGUUAUUACCGGAUGAACUUUCUAUAGGCAAGUUUUUUUUCAUCAGGAUUGAAUUGUACAAGGUAAGCUGAUAUUAUAUUGUACCCGUCGCCGUAAUUUUUAUGCCAUCUUUGAAAAAUUGUAAUUGAGGAGGCCUAAUUAACAUAAGCUUUAUAGUUUCUUUUAGGCCUCCUCGCCAUCUCUUCCUAUAUAUAUAUCUUUUUUCUUUUGGCAUCUUUAAGUAAUUAUUGUAAUUGUGUGGCAAAUAAAUAAAAUACCUAAAAAUACCUAAACAUAUAUGUAACUUUUGGAGCUGCAGGAUGAGCUGUUAAGUCAGUUACAGUACUGUAGUUGCAGUAGUGACUAUUAAACUGUGAAUACUAAUAAAUUAUAAAUUAAUGUUUCUUUGGGAUGAAUGGAUCUGAGGGGGCUUGCGAAAAUCCAUUCCAAAAAUUUUAUAAUAUUUAGUGCAUAAUAAGUUUGAAGUCUAAUCAUGGUACUUCCAACACUUCAAUAAUUUGUUGGUUUUCAGCUGACAUCAUGGCAGCCAUGCUGGCCCCAGAUGUUCAAAAGCUGGGUAUAUCCAGCGGAUAAAUCGUUAUCCAUUAGAUAUGUAGUAUGGAAACCAAUAACAGCCAGUGGAUAGUGAUUUAUCGAGUGGAUAGCGCUAUCCACCUUUUCGAACAACUGGCACCUGGUGGAAAAGAAGAAAAGUGUUUCCCUCUGUGGCAACUUUUUUCAUUAAAAAUCCUGGGAAAAACGUCUUAUUGUUUUGUCCACCAGCGUGGCUGCAUUGUCAAAGUAGUGAUCGAUAUUUUCUGGUACACGUGCUUGCAUAUGUACUAAGUUUGUGAGUAUCGGCCUCGUUGAAGAACCAUAGAAGUUGUUAAUUAAACUGUGUCAAUCCCGCUCCAUUGUGGUCUGACUCUAGUGAAGAUUAUAACACUCUAUGAUUGUCAGAAGGGUAGUGGUUGGAAAAGUUCAGAAUGUGGGGAUGUAGGCUGAACCAAAAGGUGAAGAUCACCAUUUUCACACCAAAGAGGUCUGUGCAGGUAAAAAUAUCGCAGGGAGCCAAAAUUAAUGCUCGCAACCUGUUAGACCUAGGUUGCUCAGCCUGUGACUUUUAUGCAGUGUUAAGACUUCUUUGUCAUUCAAAGUGAAGUCACCUGGCACUGUUAGAGGACAGUCCUGAAUGAGCUAAAAAAAGGUAACCCUACCUGUACAUGCAGUGGGGACAGGUUAUACAAAAUCAAAAUCAGCAAAUAUACUUUAGUCUUAUCUGGUAAAUGGGUGUUGGCUGGGUGGUAGCCUGUGAGGCAGGCAUUCUUAAGGGAAUGGGAACAGAAUUUGGGCUCAAGAUCAUGUGCAAGGGAGAAGUCUGAGAGGAAGGUUUACGCACCUUUCACCCUUCUCAUGAGCCUGGAAUCCCAGGAAUAUAUUCUGGUUCAGUCUGGUAAAUGUAAUCUCCUGUCACGUCAGUUACAUAUAUGGACCAGGUAGUUCAAGAUUACAAGGCCAAGUCUGAUAGAGUGGAAAAUAACAUUUGGAAUUUCUGGGUCACAUUAUAUAGCAAAUCGUGCAAUUUCUUCACAAUAGAUAAAAUUUGGUAUACAUGUAAGAAUGAUUACUGUCAUAGAUUCUUAACCCUUUAAGCCCCAAGAUCACCAUACAAACUCUCCAAACAUUUCUCGAAUAUUUCCUUUAGUCUUAAUUUUAUUAAUUCUCAUAACUUUUCUACUUGAUUAUCAAAAUUUGACAUUGUUUUACUAUACUAUAAUGAUAACCCUAAAACUUGUGAAUACAGGUACAAAAGAUAGCAGGAUAUCGGGACAUAUUAAUGGCCAGUAACAAAAGUCUUGCUGAGCAUAACUUGUCACAGAAACCCAAGCUGGAGAGGAACAAACAGCUGCUUAUUGAUGCUCAUCAGAACAAAGCUUUGAUACAAGCAGAAUUUGAGAAGAACAGGACAAAACUUGGUAAAUAAUCUUGUCCAAUAUUUUAUUCACUUACCCAAAUCCAUUAUUACAGUGUGGACACUCCAACUAGGACACUUGGAAGAAGAUUGUUUAGUCACAACAUUUUCUGAAAACAACAGAUUCUCAAGAUUUUUUCUUGCAAACGGACCAAUAAAAUUCAAGGUUCAACUAUGCAACUAUCUCAGGAAACAGUCCUCAGAUUUAUGGAUGUUAUUGGCCCAUUUGAAACUUUUGUUUUCAGAAAACAUUGUGAUUUGACAAUCUUUUCAAGUGUCCUGGUUUGAGUGUCCACACAGUAAAAAAUAAAUUAUUUGUUUUAUGAUUGCCUUCAUUAUUAUUGGUUUAACUUAAGAAUUGAUUAUAUCUGUAACAUAAUGCCUGUGAAUCAAGUAAGCAUUUAAUUGAUGUUAGAUCAGAAUAGGACCUUGUUAAGUACACCACUUCAAUAUUACGUUUACUUUUGAGAGAAAGGGCUUUUAAGCUCCCAAUAGCUAUGCAUGUAUGUCAUUAACAUUCUUAUUUAGUCUUGUGAUUUAAGUGGUGGCAUUAUGGACUAACGUCAUUGCCACUAAACUCAGCAAUAAUCUCACCUGUCUUUCAGAAGCAUUUUCAACCCAGUAUUCUCCUGAUACAACAUUAGCACUUCUACAAACGUCCACUGCACAGGCUGAAGAGGAAGCAGAGGUUAGAAAUAUUCUUGUUGUUGCAUAAAUUUUGAAGGGCUCUGUCUUAUCAGCACAUGGUUUCCCAGGUAUGAUAAGAAAACAGCAAGGUUGAUUUCUUCAGUAAAUGGAUGUGGAAUGAUGAGCCAUGAGCACAACCUUUUUCCUUAAAGUUGGGUGUCUGUUUGGGAAAGUUCUACACUGUACAGAGGCCCUCUUAGUGGGAUACUUCUCUCCCUGGUCUGAAUUUUAAAUACUUGGUCCUUUUGAUUUUGAGGAGUAGGCAAUGUCCCUGUCGAUAUUUAAGCCAUCAUUAAAUCACUUGUAACCUUUUCAUCUAGUCACUGUUUCAAGGCCAUGUUGUCAGAAUUUUACCCCAAUAAGGCCUUUGUACAACCGCCUUCAAUCUGCACUUUGAAAAUUCUCUUUACCCAAAAUUAUGUACUUCAUGUGCUGCAAAACAAUCAAGUGCAGUGUCUGCAUCUUCUGAUACCUACUUACAGACAUUUUUUACAACUCCUGAUAGCCAACUGUUGGUAAUAACAUCAAUUAUUUCUUUCCUGUUUACCAUUCUUGCAUAUGAAUACAGUACAGGCAGAAUCCAGGGUUGCCCCCUUAACUCUGUGGGCCAGGCUUUAUAAUAUGCAUUGUUCGUAAUUGUCAACUCCUUUGACUUUUUCACAUUUUGUAUUGCUUUGUUUCUAUUUAUUUUUAGAAAACAGCUGACAAAUUCUUGGAUGGAGAAAUGAAUGUUGAGGACUUCAUUCAAACUUUUCAGAGUCAGAAAACUUUGCACCACUUACGAAGGAUCAAAACUGAGAAAUUAACUGAACUGUUACGGAGUAGAAGGCCCUCCCAGUACUCAUAUAGAUUUUAGUUGAUAAAUUAAUAAUAUGUGCAGUAAUUUAAUUGAGAUCAAGUUAACGUAUUGGUAAUACACAUUUACAAUGCUGGGCAUUGUAUUAGUACCACUCUGUUCAACCUGCAAAACUGGAAUAGAAAGUCUUUUGAGUUGGACUCAACUUUCCAUAAGAUGAAACUAAUUUACUGAGCUUUUGAAGAAAAAAGAAGAAGCUGACUCUCUGGCUUCCCAUUGAAAUAUUAUGAACAAAUAAAACACUGUUG